AACGGCAGCUGUGACUGCCAAUCCAAUUCGAUUGCCUACCCAACUGGAUACGGCUCUGGCUUCAACUACGUACGUAACGUGCCAAAUGCCAAUUUGCUGACGUCAUUCCUGCUGCAGUCGAUCAUCUGGUGGGUGGUUGGGCGGCAUGAUUGUGGCUAGCAAUAACAAUCAGAGUGGCAAUGGCAAUGGCAAUGGCUAUGGCUAUGGCUAUCAACGCUGCGUCUGCCGCUCCAACGAUCAGCUCAGCUUGAUAAGCGCUUAUCCAGAUGUCGCUCAGUGCUGCUCUAUAGGUGGACCCAAGAUGACAUUCGUGCGAAUGCUGAUCUUGAUGCCGCUGCUGCUAUCGCUACUGGCUAACUGUGGGCCGUUGGCUUUGCCGCCACCGCCACCGCCACCACCACCCACUCCUUCAGCCCGAUCCGCCCAAUCGCUGGCCAUACUGCGUGCUCGAGAUCAAUGCUUCCGCAGCGAGCGGAUCAGCCCGAAUCAGCGCCUGGCCCUGGACAGACAGCAGUAUAGCAAUGUACCCUAUGUGCAUCGCUAUGUCUAUUGCUUCUGGACGCGCUUACAGCUGUGGCACGAUGGCACCGGCUUCGAUCCGAUGCGCAUUGUCGAAAGCUUUGGCGGCCCGAGGCGUCUGAAUCUGGAGCAGACCGUGCCGGCCAUCAAUGGCUGCAAUGCGCAUGCUCGUCGCUCGGCCAGAACGGCGCUGGACUGGUGCUACGGCGCCUUUGUUUGUGUGCUGCGCACCGCGGUGGGCGAUUGGUAUCGCCACCACAUGCAGGACGUCAUCAAUGGCAACGCCUAGGCUGGCGAUAAUGGGCGCAAUAACAAUGCAAGCAAUUAGGUGAUUGGGACCACAUACAUACAUACAUACACACAUACAGACAUAUUUAGCUUGUAUGAUUAAUGAUAAAAGAUGUUUGGA